AUGGGGUCCUCAGUCUCAGUCAAACCGUGGCUUGUACGCCGAGACUUCGUUGGUUUAAGCCUUCGGGCUUUAUACGUCUGAUUUUGCUCGGUGCCUAAUGCCUGAAUCAGAAGAGAAUCAAAGAGAGAGCAACUGAUAUUAUUAAAAUAUCAUGGAGUGGGUUUCUCUGGAACUCAAACUAAUUUCUUGCAGAGGUUUGAAAGCCUUCAAUUUCUUUCAUAAGCUAUCGGUCUAUGCAGUGGUCUCCAUUUCUAAUGAUGAUUUCAAGGGGAAGAACCAGCAGCAACAAUGUCUCCAGCGUCAAAAGACCCCAGUUGACGGAGAAGGUGGCGGAAAACCCGAAUGGAAUCACAUGAUGCAUUUUGAUCUCAAAUCCAUCUCCCUCCCUGAUCAGGGCGAUCAUCUAUUUCUCGUUUUCAAAUUACGCUGCGCAGGUGUAAUCUAUGGCAAAAGAUCUAUUGGGGAAGUUCGCGUUCCAUUCAAGGACUUGAUUGAUGAGUUCAACGGCACUAUCAGGUUUGUGAGUUAUCAGGUUCGAACGAGUGAAGGUAAGCCUAAUGGAGUCUUGAAUUUUUCCUAUAAGGUGAAAGGGAAGGCUGAGAAGAAAGGAGAUGCUUCUCCGACUCCGAGAUUAGUUUUCCCAGCUAGAACUAAAAUUCAUUUGUCUCCAGAGAAAGUCCAUUGCCCACCAUUGCAAGCUCAAGUUCGGUCGCAAGACAAGUGCUUAUAUCCUUCCCUGGAUGACAUCCGCUCUCCUCUACCAGAAAUCAGCGGUCCUUCUCCACAAUCUUAUAUUAUGCCUCCAUCGCCAUUUCCAUUCCAACUGCCCGCUUUCACAGUAGGUCAUGGUCCCUGUCCAUCGCCAUUGGUACAGAUUCCAGGGUCACAUUGGUACUCAACAGAGACAGCCAGUUAUGGUUACGGUCCGCAUGGGGCGUUUAGGGAAGGUUGGUUUUGACGCUUGGAAGUAAAUAUAGUGAUAGUGAGUGGUUGUAUUGCAGCUUCCUGCCUUGUCUUUGUUAACAUUAAUAGCAUUACUUAGUCUAUGUAAGAUAAUAUUAGCCUUCUA